AUGAACCCAAAAGAUGACCAAAAGGAACAAGUACUAAAUCGCAAAUGCUUGAAAAGAAAUUUUGAAAAAUUGAAAUCAUUAUACAGUGUAGAACUCUUAUGUGAUACUCCUACAGUGUCUUCGAAUAAGAGGAGUAAAGAACUGGAUUUAAAAGAAAUAGAAACAAGUGAAAAAAAAAUUCCUAAUGAACAAGAUCACUUUUACUACUGUCAAAGAAGCAAGAGAAAGUUCGAAGUAAAUUCUAAUGAAAUAACAGAAAAAAAAAAAAAGAAAAAGAAACAUAUAACUGAAAUUCAAAAAAAUCAUUACAACUUGGUGAAUAAUAAUAAUGAUGAGAUCACAUUGAAUUCAUUAAAUGAAUGUACAUCCGAAGAGUUGAACCAACAGAAACAAAAUGUAUCCGUUUUGUGCAAAAAUGUAAAGGAUAUCCUUUCACAUAAUGUUAUACCGAAUGGUGACCAGUUCGAACAUGAUAAUAAUAAUAUCCCCAAAGGCGGAUUUAGCCAAUUAGCAAUUAUUCCAUUUGAAAGGGAGUACAUGAACAAUUCAUCAAUGGAUUAUAAAUAUGAAAGGUCUAGCAGUAACACACAUACAAAUUAUAGUAAUAAUGGAAAUACCCCACUUGACAAAAAUAAUAUGAAAAAUAUUUUCCAUUUUUUAGCAAGAAAAGAUAUGCUGUACCAAAAUUUAUUCAAAAAUCAAAUAAAGAAUAACAAACCCAUAAUGAUCAAAUGUGACAAUUUAAAUUUAUUUCUAGACAAAAAUAAAUGUGAAGGCGAACUCUACACUGAACAUUUACCUUCUGAUAAGACACUACAUAUUGAUGACCUUUAUCUCAUUUCGGACUCAUUUGUAGCAUCAACAAAUGAACAUCCAGAUGCAAACAGAAUACUAAACUUACAAAAUAUAGAUCAUAAAGGAGUUCACUCUAAAUUUUUUAAUUCAAAAAAUGAAGAGAUUGUACCCCCCAUCCGUAUCAUAUCUAACGAAGUUCCAAUUUUUAGUAACCCUGAUAAUGCGCAAGAUGAUUUUGAUUCAUGUUCCGUAAAUAUGAUUCCAAACGAGAAUAUAAACACAAAUUGUAUACCUAAUACAGAUAUGUACCUUUUCAGUAAUCAUUCAGAGACAUCAAAUACAAACGAUAUGACUUAUUCACAAUUUCAUGAGACUAUAAAGGAUCCAUGUUAUGUGUAUGAUGAAAACAGUUAUGGCAAUUUUAAUAUUCUAAAUGAAGCAGAUACAAAUAAUCUAAUCAAUACUAACGUAAAUGAGAACGAUUCUGAAAAUACCAGUCUUGUUAAUUCCCAUAGCAAUAUAUUAUAA